UGUCUACUUUUUAGUGGCUUUGGGAAUCAGUGAUGUUGCUUCCAUCACAAGUCAAGAGAUUAUGGAGACUGACAGACAAGCUGCAGAGGAUUUGACAGGAAAAACUGGUCCCUGAGGCCUUACUGAGCCCAAUGAUGGUCCUCAUUGAACUGAAACGGAGUAUAUUUCAGGCCAAGGCUCUAGUCGGCUCACUGCUGGUCCUCCUGUGUCUGCACACAGCCACGGGAAUGUCAGGGUGGGGUGGAUGUUUGGAUGGUCAGGAUGUAUUCACAACGAUCAGAGAAAACAGCCAUUCGGGAGAAGUUGUCGCCGAACUCGUGGCUGAAACCAAAAUGGAGGGGGUUCACUGGAGCCUGACUGGAAAAGAUGCUGAUUGGUUCUUCUUGGAUGAAGGAAGCAUCCGGCUGAAAACAUCAGCUGACAAGGUCCUCGACCGAGAGGCUCAGGGUCCUGUCCUAAUGGCUGAGUUAUCAUGUUAUGAGGACGACGCACUUCAGAGUGUGUACAGAAUCGUGGUGGAGAUUCUCAAUGAGAAUGAUAAUUUGCCUGUGUUUGCAGAAGACAUGGUCCGGUCUUUUACUAUCAGUGAGCUGACUCCAGUGAACACUGUGGUGUUUACUGUCCAGGUCACAGAUGCAGAUAAUGACAAGAUCAUUUACUCCAUUGACCAGGCAUCACCGGAUGCAGAGUACUUCAAGGUUGAUCUCCCCAACAGUGGAGAGGUGAUCCUGUCCAAGCUUCUAGACUAUGAGACCAAAACACUGCUUUCUGUCACCAUCCACGCCUCGGAAAUGAGCACUGCUGAGCACUUCAAUACCAGCACCAACAUCACCAUCAACAUCCUGGAUGGAGAUGACCAGUACCCACAGUUUAUGCCCUGCCAGCUGCUUUUCCAGGAUGAGACCAGUCGCAUCUGCACCAGCCCUGUGUACACAGUCAAUGUCACAGAGGGGGAAGAGGACAUUGUGUUGGAUUUCUCUCCUGGUCCCAUUCAUGCAGUGGAUGGAGACAGAGAACUUAGCUCUCCACUCAGCUAUGCCAUUCUCUCAGGAGACGAUGAUGGGCAUUUCUUGAUGGACAGAGAAACUGGGGAGGUGAAACUGAUUUGUGUGAUUGGAGACAGACUCACAACUCCAGAGCUGCAUCUACAGGUCAUGGCGUAUCAGGACGACGACCCCAGGAAGUAUUCUGUUGCUACAGUGUUGGUCCGAGUUCUGGCAGUGAACCAGUUUCAUCCAGAGUUUGACAUGGCUGAAUAUCAAGGCUUUGUAACUGCUGGAAAGAGCACUGCCUCUCUGGUCAAUACUUAUGGCAGCAAAGCACUGAUAUUAUAUGUACAUGAUCAAGACUUUAACCAUGGCUUCAAUCCCAUGAUCCACUUCACCUUCAGUCCUACAUCCAAUCACACAGAAAUGUACCAAAUCACACAGGAGGGUCUUCUGAUCGCCAGGACCAAUCAACUGCAAGCAAGACAGAAACACGUUCUAGAGGUAACGGCUAGAGACCAGGAGUCGGGAGAUUCCACCUUUGCUACUGUAGUGGUGGAGGUGUUGCCUGAAGGACAAUCAAUCCCUCGUAAUACACUGGGAGAUGCGCAUCCGAUAAGCUGCACUUUGGGCAAUGCCUUGUUUCUGAGCAUGGUGUUCAUGACUGUACUUGGAUGUAUCGUGUCCGUGGUGAUGUGGCUGAGGAAGAAACAAAAGGGAAAGCGGGACCCACUGCAAAGAGGCUGUGUGGCACAAGGCAAACACCCCAAUGUGAGCUUACGGUGGUUCCAACUGGAGAGUCACCGUAGCAGCAUGCCGCACACGGAGGAAGUACCCUACAACAAUGAAGAAUAUGGAACCUGCAACCCUUCCUUCAGCUUCACAGACAAUCCUGGCAUCUACACCCACCAAGACCUCCCCUCAUGCCGAGGACCCGUUCCACCCAGAACGGCUGCUGCACCCGACACCAGCUUCAUCCCCACUGAAACUGCGCUCAGCCCUGUGAUCUUCAAUAAUAAUGUUUCUACACCAAUCAAAAGCUCCUCUUGUUCACCCCCCUGUCACCCAGCCAUUGUGGAUGUGAGCCCCACACAUAUGGCUCCACCCGAAGAAAACCCUGGCUCACCAACUGAUACAUAUCUUGACCCUACCGAGGCACUACCUAACACCAGUCCUAGCCCUGCAACCCCUGAUGCCACCAGCACUCCACCGUUCACCUGUCCUGAUUUACAAACUACAGAAACAACCAUCAACGACGACCGUGCCGACCCCGUCACCAGCCCCUCCUCUCAAUGCAGUGUUCCAUGCAGUCAGACCCGAAUUGCUUCAGCAGAAAUAGACAAACCUUUCCGCAAACCUCGUGUGAAGACACCCCCAUAUUCACCUUUACUGUCCUCACCCCUCCCCAAGCACACGGGCACACCCCCACCCACCCCUGAGCUUGCACCUUUAAAAGCCAAGCUGGUACACGUAGAUACAUCUCCCCUUGAUACACCUCCUGCAACACCAGAGCGAACAUCCACGACUCUAAGCACAGAGGUAGACCAACCUUCCACAUCACUGGACCAAAUAGAGCAAUCGGAAGACCCCGGUGGGGCUUCAGACGCCGGCAGUCCGUCUCAGGACAGGAGGCCAUCGGCAAACUCGGAAAACAUGCAGGUCAUCCGCCGGGCAGGGGAUGUCAAUGAUGAUGGUUUUCUGGGAGAUGAAGAUGCAGGCAAGAACAGUGAGGAUGAUGAUGAUGAUGAUGAUGAUGAUGAUGAUGAGUUAGAUCCAGCUGACGAAGAGCUGCUGAGAGUGAUGGCUCGUUGUAAUCCCAUUUUUAUCACAUUUAGGAAGUGAUGUCACUAUAAUAUUGCAGGAACUGCGAGUGACGGAGUGGACGACAGAGAAUGAAGGGGGUGAGGUGAAGAUGGAUGACUGUGGAAGCCCAUAGGGGACUUUAUAAAAAUGAUAAUGUAAACUUUCACAAUAGCAUUACAAUUUUCCACAUUUCAGUGUUAUUUGAGUAAAAGAUACAUUUUCACAUAGUCUUAUGUUCGUUCCAUGACCAUAUUAAAAUGAAAAUGGAAAAGCUGUACAGUCUAGCUAAUCAUUUCAACUAACAAAGCACCACCUUCCAGGUGAACUGCAAUUAAAAUAGGCAUUAUGACAAAUAUUUGUAGUAUAACUUGUUCAUAACAAAGCCUUUGGAUUUUUCUGUAACGCUAGCUACAAGUUAUUACUUCAGUUUAUGUGUUGCUGAGAAAUGUAGAGUAGUAAUUCAGUUCAAACUCUAAAGCACACAAAGAGAUGAAUAUUGGGCUAAAUCUACUUCUCCACUGUUACACCAAUGCUGCAUAGUAAGACCAAAAUAACAGUAAACAGCUCAAGCUUGGUUUGUUAGCAUUAAUGAACUUCAGACCAUGCAUAUUAUACCCGCUGUGACAAGACAGCAACAACACCUCAGCAACACAACCUCUUAUUUUGCUUUGACAUAGCAAGAAUACCUUUCUUUACUGUUAACAUUAGCUGUGCAAAGCAGUGGAACUUCACAUUACCACACACCAUCAACAAGGACUGAAUGAUGUCUGAGACAGCUAUAUCGACCUGAAUAACCCAUUACCAGGUAAUAUCAAAACUUCUCUCGUCAAACGAUACCUGCAGUCGAUAAUUUUUGUUCCCAGAUCUAGAAAAGAAUAUUUGUAUGUUUUUGCUUGCAGCCAACCACCGUAAUGCGACUUGUGAUGCGCACACUACCGCAGCAGGUACAACCCAUACAGCCAUACAAUUUUCUAAGCGUCUCGUGUUCUACAAUAACUUAGACUUGGAAUUCUCCUACUUGAUUAUGCUAUUAGGGCAUGUCGAAUAAAAAAAUGUGGAAAUGCUGAGGAGAAAAUAACAUUUUGUAAACGGUAAAUCACUCUGUUUCUCCUUGAAUGACUUAAUGAAUUCUGGUGAAGGAAAGAGAACAAGUUGAGAGGUUGAGUUGCAAUUUAAAGGAGUUGUGUGAUGGCACAGCAGGUUAAGUUUUGAAAUUAAAUCUCAACUGCAGUUUUCAUUUUCAAAUUGUUAAAGAAAUGCUGCUUGUAAUUUUGAAAUUUGAAUUGAGAGGCAAAGUCCCUCCCCUUUCGAUGUCCCCCAUGGGACCUUAUUUGGAGAAAAGAAAUGUACAGAGCCUAUUA